GUAGUGGCCAAUUGAGGAUAUGGUGUGGCGAUGAUGGUGGUGUUGCUGUUGUUGGCGGUGGUGGUAAUAGUGAUAGUAGUAACAGCAGCAGCAGCGACAGCAGCAGCAGCAGCAGUAGUAGCAGCAAUCGAAAAGAGAAAGAAAGGAGGUCUUCCGUUCCGGCAUAAUAGUCGUGUGUGCGAGUUGGCAGUUGCGCGAGAGAAUCAUAUAAAAUCAUCGUGACCAUAUUUUUCUGACAUUUUCGUUUCGAUUUGGAAAGUAGAAGGAGGGAAAGAGAAAAGAAAGGAAGAAAAAAAAAAAGCAAAACAAAACAAAACAAAAGAAAGGAAAAAAGGGCCAAGAGAGAAAGGAGAGAAAAAAGAAAGACAAAAAAAAAAAAAAAAGACAAAAAAAAGAACGGAUCCUCCCCCUGAAUCGAACGGCAACACACCUCUUUUAACCUUUUCCAAAGGUUCGAUAUCCAUUUCCCCUUCUAUAUAUCUCUUUUUCUCUCUCACUCUCUCUUUUUCUCUCUUCCUCUUUUUCUCUCUCUCUCUCUCUCUCUCUCUUUGUCGUGUGUGUGUGUCUACCUGGCACCCUCCUACGGUCACCGAAUUACAGGAUGAAUGAAGAAUACGACGCGAUUGUUCUUGGAACUGGACUGAAGGAAUGCAUCCUAUCCGGUAUGUUAUCGGUUAGUGGGAAAAAGGUACUCCACGUAGAUCGCAACAAGUAUUAUGGUGGUGAAUCGGCCUCUAUAACGCCAUUGGAAGAUCUAUUCGCGAAAUUCAAGGCACCACCGCCAGAUGAAAGUUAUGGACGUGGUAGAGAUUGGAACGUUGAUCUUAUACCUAAAUUCUUGAUGGCCAAUGGUCUCCUCGUUAAAUUAUUGAUUCAUACCGGUGUUACACGUUAUUUGGAAUUUAAAUCGGUAGAAGGAUCUUACGUUUACAAGUCUGGUAAGAUCUCGAAGGUGCCAAUCGAUCAGCAAGAAGCAUUGUCCAGUGAUCUUAUGGGUAUAUUUGAGAAAAGACGAUUUCGCAACUUUCUUGUAUGGGUACAGAACAUGAAGGAGGAUGAUCCAAAAACCUGGGAAGGAUUUGAUCCAUUUAAUAAUAAUAUGAGCGCGCUUUAUAAUAAAUUUAGCCUUGAUAAAAAUACUCAAGACUUUACGGGUCAUGCAUUAGCUCUGUACAGGGAUGACGAUUACAUAAGUCAAAGUGCGAUAACUACCAUAAGGAGAAUCAAAUUGUAUAGCGAUAGUUUAGCACGUUAUGGUAAAUCUCCGUAUUUGUAUCCCAUGUAUGGCCUCGGUGAACUACCUCAAGGUUUCGCACGACUUAGCGCCAUUUAUGGUGGUACGUACAUGUUGGAUAAACCUAUCGAUGAGAUCGUCAUGAAGGACGGUAAGGUCGCCGGUGUACGUUCUGGAGACGAAGUAGCUCAAUGUAAGCAAGUAUUUUGUGAUCCUACCUAUGUACCUGAACGUGUGAAGAAAGUUGGUCAAGUAAUAAGAUGUAUCUGCCUUUUGGAUCAUCCGAUACCAAGUACGGGUGAUGGUCUUUCAACUCAAAUUAUUAUUCCGCAGAAACAGGUUAAUCGUAAUUCUGAUAUUUAUGUAUCCCUGGUAUCGCAUACUCAUCAAGUAGCUGCCAAAGGAUGGUUCAUAGCUAUGGUUUCAACAACGGUUGAAACAAAAUAUCCCGAACAGGAGAUACAACCUGGAUUAGAUUUACUUGGGCCAAUAAGACAAAAAUUUAUUUCUAUAUCGGAUUAUAUGGAACCGACCGACGACGGCUGCGAUAGUCAAAUUUUCAUUUCAAGGAGUUACGACGCGACGACGCAUUUUGAGACAACAUGCUUGGACGUACUUGAUAUUUUCAAACGUGCGACAGGCGAGGAAUUUGAUUUCAACAAAGUUAAACAGGAACUAGGUGACGAGGAUCAGUAACCGUAAUGUUAUUGUGCGUUGUGUGAUUUGUCCAUUAAUCGAAGAAAAGAAAAGAAAAGAAAAGAAAAGAAAAGAAAAGAAAAGAAAAGAAAAAGUCUAAGUAAUCUAAUCGGACAUUUAACUACCGACUGUGUCGGUCCAUCGGGGUUUCUUUAUUGCAGAUACAUAUUGAGCAUGUAAUACUGCAAUAAGACAGAGCCCUUUAUUUUCAUUUUUUUCAAUUGUCUCUUUGACAGAGAACAAAAAGAACAUUUUUUUUUUUCCUUUUUUUUCCUUUUUUUUUUUUUGUCAAUUUUUCUUACUUUUGUUUGGGGUGAGGGAGGGGGUUGGUUCAAAUUUUCUUCUCUGUCCUCUUAAUCUAAAACGUCAUUAAAAACUAAUAAUUUCCCUUUCCCCUUCUCCCUCAUUCAUACGCCCAUUAUCUUUGAUUACUUUGAUCUAUAUAAAAAAAAAAAAAAAAAAAAAAAAGAAAAAAACAAACAAACAAACAAACAAAUACUUUUUGAUUGAUAUAAGAGACACAUCGAGAAUAUCUUUUUCAAUAUCUUCUUCGAUCUUUGAUAUACAAUUAAUAUGUGUUAUAUUUGAGGAUAACACCUGCCAUGCGCAAACAGUAGCAGCAAAAUAUUAUUGUUAGUAUUAUAAACGCAUAAUGUUUUUAAAAUGGCAUAGCAAAAAUUUUAUGGAUUUACUACAGAUAUAUAUAUAUAUAUAUAUAUAUAAUAUAUAUAUAUAUAUAUAUGGUACGCCGUAUUUUAAUUACUGAAAUAAAUAAAAACGAACGGGAGCUAAACGAACGAGAACAAAAAAAAAAGAAAAAUAAGAAAAAAAAUAAUAGUUAUUGUUGCGCAGUGUCACGAUAAAAAGACGAGAUAUAUACAUACAUAUAUAUAUAUAUAUAUAUAUAUAUAUAUUUAUAUUUAUUUAUAUGUAUAUAUAUAUAUAUAUAUAUAUAUAUAUUAAGAGUAAAGAAUGAGAGGUACAAUAUAGCAAUUAAUAUGAAAGAAAUGUACUCUAUAGUACAGAAAUAUAAAUAGCACGUUUCAGUUUAGCAUUAGAGAAUAUAUUAUUCCUAUUGAUAUAGAUAAUAAUAAUUCUUGCAGUUGGAAGUGAAUGAGCUAAGCGUAAAUUAUAAUGACAUCGAAAAGAAAAUGAUUAAGGUAUAAGGAAUGUCUACGAUAACUUUAUAAAAAUGGAAUAGAGAAUAGAGCGGUCAAGUGUGUUUUAUCAUAGAUAUAAUAUAUAUAUACAUAUAUAUAUAUAUAUACAUAUAUAUAUAUGUAAAGAUGAAAUUGGAUCGUUGAAAUAUUGUUAUUUUAUGUGAGCUUGCGAAUGUGAAUAUUCCUUUACGUAUCCUUGAAUGUAUAUCAGAAAUAUCUAUCAUUACUUGAUAAGGUAUGCUAAAAAAGAAAAAGAAAAAAAAAAAAAAUGAAAAAAGAAAAAAAAAGAAA